GAGUUGCAAACGACACUCCACUUUCAAGGAACGAUCGAUCAUGUCCAACAGUAGCAGAAGCCACCACGACGACGUGGGACCCGUGGGCGGCGCAUCAUAUGCGGCCCUGGAGACUCCAUCCACGUCCACCGCCGUGGAUGAUGCCGCCGUAUCCCAUGUCACGGCCACACCAGCACUGCCGAGCAUUGAGCCGUCCAGCGGGGUGGUGCGUAUCUCGAUCGACCCAAUUCCUGUAGAAGCAUGGGUGCCCACGGGCAAGUUGCCGCGUUUCACGUUCGAAGACGCCCAGCGCUUGGAAUGGGACUACUCCAACUUGACCAACCGCGACGUCCACCGCAAACCGAGCACGCUCUCCAUGUCGGCGCGGUCCGUGUCCAAGAACAACGCGGCCUCGCACCGCAUCAGCUCCGAGUUUGGCGACGGCGAGCGCGAAGCCAAGGAGGACAUUGGCGUGCUCUUGGAUCCGUUCUAUGACGUUACGAGUGGGCGGCUGCGUCGGUUGUUUCAGCACUUUUGCCCCAAGGGCAAGGACGCCGUGAGCUACGACGAGUUCUACAACGGUCUCUUGGCACUUGGCAUCACCGUGCCGGCCGGCGUGAGCUUUCGUGACAUCGUGCGCAAAAUCGACUCGAACGGUGACAACUCGAUCAGCGUCGACGAGUUCAUCCAUGCAGUUCAGAUGAUCAAGCAAGCCCACCUGUUCAAGCCAGAACACACGCAGGCUGAGUAUGACCACGUACUGCGCGUGGUGGACUACUCGCCCACCAACCUACAUGCUGUGGACCCCGUAACGAAGCUGCAAUCGUUCAUGUUCUCGGCCAAGCCGCAGUGGGCCAAGGUGCGAUGGGUGCACUUGGCGGGGUUCCAGCGAACGGACGACCUCAACUUGCGCCGACUGGCCAUCAAAUAUCAGCUUCACCCGUUGGCUUUAGAAGACUGUUUGAACCAAAACGACAAAAUCCGGUGCAAGUUUGAGCACUACGAGGACCAUUCAUUCUUGAUCGUACCAGUAUUGCGACCGCUCCACACAGACAAGGCGCGCCACAUCGAAGCAUGUAUCGCCGAUCAUCGCCGCGAAGUCUUCAACAAGCGGCAGGCUGCCCUCCUCAAGGAUGACAUGCUCAAGCCCCCAGUGGCAGCGACCAGAGAGACGCUGACCGCCAAACUCAACGAGCUCAAGGUCAUGAUGCGGGAGCCGCAGCAGUUGUGCGUCUUUCAAACCAACGACGGAAACGUGCUGAGUGUGCAGGAAGAUGUCGACAUGGAGGGCGGGAGUUCGUCAGCAACGGCUGCAUUUCCGUUGUGGGGCUUGGUGUUUGACCACAACAUGGCCAAAUCGUACAGCAAGUUGCGCAGCCACGACGAAAACUUCCUCGUCGUGUCGCUCUUGAACGCCGUCGUGGAGGAGAUCAUGCCCCUCGUCGAAGUGUUCGAGGCAAAAUUCGACCUCCAGGGCCAACUGCUGCGGUUGGAAGGCACAAAGUUCGACACGAAGCGCUUCAGUCGCGCCAAGAAGCAGCUGAUUGCGAUUGAAAAGAUCGUCCGACCACUGCUAGACUUGGUGCAAGACCAGUUGCUCGACCAGGACGAAUUCAACCACGUACGUACGCUGCUUAGCAAUGGCAGGUGUAUUUUAUGUCGAUUGUACGAACUUUGCGUGGUCGUGGUGGGUUUAUUGUGGUGGCAUGUAUGUCGUCCGUACGAACUUUGUGUGGUGGGUUUAUUGUGGUGUAUAUGUCGUCUGUACGAACUUUUUUGUGGUGGUUUUACUGAUGUAUAUGUCAUAUAUGUACGAACUUGAUUGGUGGUCGUGGUGGGUACUUGUGAUUACAUGACAGAAUGGAUGGCUGAGAGAAUAUUGCUAUUUUCAUAUUAUACCCGUACUGGAUACUAGCCACCCCACAAUAUAACGCUCGGCUGUAUGUGGGUUGUUUUGCUUUGUAUGUAGGGCGAAGUGAAAAAUUACUUGCGCGAUGUAAAGGACCACUUGAAGCAAAUGGCGGCCGAGUUGCGCGAACAUCAGCAGACGCUGGCGGCGUUGAUCGACGAGGAGAAGCGCAUCAGCGCCAAGGCCCAGGCCGACGUCAUGUACGCCAUGUCAGUCAUCGCCGCCUGCUUCCUUCCAGGGACGUUCAUGACAGGGAUCUAUGGCAUGAACUUUGACCACAUGCCAGAACUGACGUGGGAAUACGGGUACAUCGUGUGGUGGGUCGUUCUGCUCACGGUGGUGUCGACCCUGCUGUCGUUUAUGAAGUUUGUCAAGGGAUGGAUCUAAUAGCUUGUUGUCUGCUGUUGCCACGUCAUCGAUUGAUUCACAGCGAUUAGGUUUCGAUCCUGUCAAUAUGUAAUUCCUAUUCAACACAUUAUUCUCGAUCAUAGUAUAAGUGUGGUGUACAUAUGUACACUGCUCCCUCACGAUCUAGGGGAACCCAAAACGCGUACAAGUAG